AAUCACGAUGGAUUGUGAUAAUUACUACAAUAAUUAACGACGGAAAUGAUAAGCUUGAAAAACACUGACACCCAAAGUGUGGUUCCCCGCAAUUGCGAUGAAGUAUGGAUGACCUCAUUUGUCAUUUGCCAUCGCAUCGAGUUCUCGCUGAAAACAGACAAUCCCCUCAUGAUUCAACUCUAUUCAGCUCUUCUAGACUAUCGAAUAAAGUUUGUCUCAGCUUUGGGAUGGACAUUUAAGCUGCUUCCUUCCCGGCUUCUUCUUCUUCUUCAAUCAUUCAACUACUCUAAUUUCUAACACAACUACAAUACAACACCAACAAAAUGGUAAAAAACCUGACCUUCGACAUCCGCUACGACAAUGAGCUCGCCCACGAGUACUACGGCGAUGGCGAGAAACUCACAAAGAAGUACAUCUACCCAUCUUGUAUAUCUAACAUGAGCUGCACUGACAAAACCAGUUUGGAAAAUAUCUACCACGACAAGCAUGUCCAGUUCCCAAAGGAAUACGACUCCACCCAAACCUAUCCUCCUAUUCAUUUCAUGAGUGUCACCGCCGAGGAUGAUACUUCGGCUGAUGAUCUGAGGAAGGUUCAAGUGCCCCAUGGAUUGAAUGUUGAGAUUUUGGACUUUGACGAGUAAUUUGGAAAGAUCAGGUAGUUACUACACAUGAAUAAUU